CUCAGCAGCAUCUGACGGGUUUUCCAAACUUGAUAAUUUCUCCACUUGGCGGCCUGAACCAAGUCUGUUCAUAUUCAUUUGGCCAACGUUACGAUUAUCAGAAUCGUCGAAUUGACCAAGUCCAGCCUUGCCAACCAUGCGUCUCAUCCACACCAGUACCCGUGAAUUGCAAGAAUUCUAUAAUGAUAUUCCAGAAUACGCUAUACUAUCACACACCUGGGAUGAAAAAGAACUAUUGUUUGAGGAUUUCAAAAGUUCAGCUGCAAAAGAUCUCCUCCGACUCCCUGGCUUUGAGAAAGUGGAUAAUUGCUGCAAGCUAGCCGCAAGUCGAGAUUUUCAAUAUGUCUGGAUUGACACAUGCUGCAUCGACAAGAACAGCAGUUCAGAGCUGCAAGAGGCCAUUAAUUCCAUGUAUCGUUGGUACAAGAAUGCCGAGGUGUGCUUUGCAUUCUUGAGUGACGUUCCGAGCAACGGAGAUCCAACCAAGAGCCCUACAGCCUUCAAGGCAAGCCUAUGGUUCACCCGAGGGUGGACACUUCAAGAGCUCCUUGCCCCUCGAACCGUCGAGUUUUAUGGCAAAAAUGAGGAGGGCAGUGAGUGGGGCGAAAUUGGUACAAAAUCAUCACUACGAACAACAAUUGCACAGAUCACAGGAAUACCGCAUGAUGUGCUCAAAACAGGCGACUUCAAAGAUAUAAGCAUCGCUACACGGAUGUCCUGGGCUUCAAGGAGGCAGACGAAGAGGGUAGAAGACCAGGCAUAUUCUUUGAUGGGUAUUUUCAAUGUGCAUAUGCCAAUGGUCUAUGGAGAAGGUAAACGAGCAUUUGAGAGAUUGCAAGAGGAAAUCAUGAAGGUAUCGGAUGACCAUUCACUGUUCGCCUGGAGAUUAUCGACGCGGUCUUUGAGACAUUGGACAGGACAAGGACUUCUUGCAGACUCGCCAGCAGACUUCUUAAAUUCUGGCCAUUACAGAUGCUCAAAUAACAAUGCGAGUAGCGCUGCGUACCAGAUUACGAACUUGGGACUUCGAAUCCAAUUACCUCUGCUCCGGGUCUCCCCAAAUCAGGCCACUGUAGAGUCCGGCGAUGACGAUAAUGAUGAUGAAGAUGUCGCAACAACACCUGGAUUUCACGAAUAUUACGGUGUGUUGAACUGCUGCAGCAGUUCUAGGGACUUGGAUCGACUUGGCAUCAUUUUGAGACUUACUGAGAAUGAGGAUAGUGAGGAGAGGGGUCUGAAGGGAUCGAGGUGCCGCACAAGAGAAAUUGUCUCUGUAUCACCAGCCGAGGUUGCACUGGCAGAGACAAGGGUGAUAUACAUCACGAGGAACCAAACAGAAACUCCUUCGGUGCAAGAGAGUCCCUACGUCGACUGUCACAUUUCAUUCGUCAUCAAUUCGAAAGGGACGGUAAAAUUUGUGGAUGCAUGGCCAACUUUCGAAGCCGAUGGUGCUGUAAAGGCUAAAGGACGGAGAAGAAAGGCAAUCUUGGCUGCUAUCUCUCUAAAGUAUACCUUGGGGCUUAGCGAAGGAAUAUUCACUGUUGUUCUGGGUCUUUUCGACGGUGAGGCAUGGUGUGACAUUGUUGCGGAUGAAAAAGAACGGAACGCUAAGGCGAUAUGGAAGAGUCACAGAUACCUCAACCAGACCGAUCGAAGUGGCUUUUAUUCGGACGGAAAGAAAGUCCUAUCAGUUGCCAUUCGGAAAAGAGGGAAGCAAGGGUCAAACUCACCAGGGAAGGUGUUCACGCUGUCUAUUGAAGAUCAUCCAGGCGAUACUUAAGAUCAGUCUUCGGGAAAGGAUUGCUGUUCAAUACAACCAAACGCCCAGGUAUCGAGAUGCAUUUGGAAAGUGUAGACCUGAUUUAUAGUAAUUUCGUGCCUCGCUGCUCUGCCACCGAUCGAUUUCGUGCCGCCGAUUAGCGCUGUU